CACCUAAAUUUCUCUUCACGAUAAUUAAAGAAAAAUUUUGCUAUCCAUAUUAUUACCGCCCCAUCUCAAGCGUUUUCUUUUUAUGUUUUCCUCAUUAGAAAUUAUGUCAACAGAUUUUUUCACCGUUAAUUUGUUCAAUCUUUCCAUUUUAAUUUCCUCUAGUAUUGUAGCUCUUGCAACAUAUAUAAUUUACAAAUACGAAUUAAUAACUCUCUGGACGGCAUCUCAGAUUGACCCAAAGAAUAAAAAUCAUGGAGGAGAAUUAGUUGCCCAAGUUCUGAAGGCUCAUAAAGUAUCUCAUAUAUUUACUUUAAUUGGAGGACAUAUUUCACCUGUAGUUGUUGCUGCUGAGCAGUUAGGAAUUCGUGUCAUUGAUACAAGACAUGAAGCUACUUGUGUUUUCGCUGCUGAUGCAUUUUCUCGAUUAUCGGGAGUUAUUGGAGUUGCUGCAGUGACAGCUGGACCUGGAGUGACAAAUACCAUAACUGCAGUAAAAAAUGCUCAGAUGGCAGAAACUCCAUUAUUGUUGCUUGGGGGCGCUACUGCAACAUUAUUGAAAGGAAGGGGUGCUUUGCAAGAUAUAGAUCAAUUAUCUCUUUUAAAGUCUGUUUGCAAAUAUGUUAAGACUGUAACUUGUGUCCGACAUUUGAUUCCUGUUCUAAAAGAAGCUAUCAAGCAGGCUCAAUCUGGAACACCAGGUCCAGUUUUUGUGGAAUUACCAUUGGAUAUUCUUUAUCCAUAUGAAUUAGUAAGAAAAGAGAUGAAAUUAAAAGAAAAUCCUAAAGGACUUCUUCAAAAGAUUACUAAUAUGUACUUGAAAACAUUUUUACAUUAUCAAUUUGCAUCUGCUUUUGAGCCACGUGAUGUCUCUCCACUACCAGUGAAAUAUCCUACUGCUUCCAAGAGUGAAAUUGAGAAGUGUCAAGACUUGCUUUCUAAGUCAAAGAGACCUCUUAUUCUGCUUGGAAGUCAAGCUUUAAUUCCAGCAUACUUAUCUGAUAAUGUUCGCAAAUCACUCGAAUCACUCCAAAUUCCUUGUUUUUUGGGUGGAAUGGCUCGAGGAUUACUUGGAAGAAACAGUCAAUUACACAUUAGGCAGAAAAGAAGAGAUGCACUCCAAGAAGCUGAUUUAGUGAUUUUGGCAGGUUCUGUUUGUGAUUUUCGACUAUCAUAUGGGAGUGUAUUAAAUCCUAAAUCUAAAGUCAUUGCCGUAAAUCGAGAUAAAGGACAACUUUACAAGAAUUCUGGUGUGUUUUGGAAGCCAACUAUUGCUAUUCAAGCAAGUGCUCCAGAUUUCUUAAUCAAACUUGCAGAAAACUUUUCUUACAAUUCUAUGCAAGAUGAUUGGCUUACUCAGCUAAGAACUAGAGAUGAAAAUGUUGAAAAGAAAAACAAAGAAAAAGCUGCUGUUGCUGAUUCUGAACACUUAAAUCCUGUACAUUUGCUGCAUGAAGUAGAAGAAGCUUUGCCAGAAGAUACAGUUUUAAUUGCUGAUGGAGGGGAUUUUGUGGCAACAGCAUCUUACAUUUUAAGGCCUCGAGGUCCUUUGAAGUGGCUAGAUCCUGGGGCUUUUGGUACAUUGGGUGUUGGUGCAGGAUUUGCCUUGGGAGCAAAGUUAUGCUAUCCAGACUCCAAUGUUGUCAUUAUCUAUGGUGAUGGUUCAUGUGGCUAUACAAUAGUUGAAUUUGACACUUUUAUAAGGCACAAGUUACCUGUUACUGCUAUUGUCGGAAAUGAUGCAUGUUGGACUCAGAUUGCUAGAGAACAAGUUCCAAUGUUUCAAAGUGAUGUUGGCUGUAAUUUGAGUUUUUCAGAUUACCAUAAAGUUGUAGAAGCUUUUGGAGGCAAAGGAAUUUGUCUAUCAGGGACUGAUAAUGCCAAUAUAGUCUCCAAAAUGAAAGAUGCUUUUAAACUUUCUAAAGAAGGGCACAGUGUUCUCGUUAAUUGUCUCAUUGGCAAAACAGAUUUUAGAUCGGGUAGCAUAUCAGUGUAAUGUACCUAAAUUGAGCCCUUUUGAAAGGAAUAUUUCAUUAAUCAUCUGUGUUAUUUUGUACUAUGUUGAGUUUUUUUGUUUUGUAUGAAAUCAAAAUAUUUUAUUAAAUUGUAUUUUUACUAUUA